AUGAGAACCAUAGAACUUCCCGAUAAAUCUCCUCCAAUUUGGGGCUUGAUGAUGCAACUAGACGAGUUGCCUUUCGGUGAAGCUCUGAAUAGAGUAGCCAAGAUCAGCGACCUAUUGUUGGUUACGGAGAACUUUCAUCGGUAUCGAUUCGGUCACGGCUUGGUCGUAUCGAAGGUGUUUCAAACGUUUACCAAGAUGCUCCUUUCAGACCGGUUGUCGGUUGUUCAACGAAUCGGCAAAUUGAUCGAUCUCGCACUAAUGUGUGACAAAAUUAAGUUGAAUGGAGCAAAGGACUCGAUUGUUGGUUUCUUUCGGCAGGCUCUUGCAUGGCCGCAAGAAGAAGAGAAACAGUAUUGUGGAGUCAUUUACAGGAGAAAGCAUGUGAAGCUAUUGGUACCACUGAUUGCCACAGAAGGAUUGAUCUGCGAUCGUCGGACAAAGGAGGAGAUUCUAUGCCCGCUUUUUCCAAAGGAUUAUGUGUCCAAGAUGUUGAGAAGAGGUGAGAAGUGUAGACUUCGGGUCAUUGAGAAACGCAUGUCGAGGAGAUCUACCAUAUUGCAAGGCUUUUCUCCAGAGGAAGUAAACCGCCGAAACAUCAUGCUUUUGCGUGCAUACCGGUACGAAUGCCGUUUAGAGUGGACUUUCUUGAUUGGACUUGAUCAUUAG